GCAUGAUGAUUUCUGUAAACAAAAAUAGUACUGAGACUUGAUCAUAUUUUCAAGGCAUAUUUUACCCCACUGAAUAUUUUGGAGCAAUACAAGUACAACUUUUCAAGAUGCUCAACUUUUUCGGAUUACGGAAAGAUCCGUCCAAGAAGCCAGCUGGAGACAAGGAACUUGAUGGAUUCGUUAUCAUUGGGGAGACAGUUGAGGAGCAGAGGGAGCGCAUGCAGAGUAUGAACAUCACACAGCCCACCACCAACGUCAUCAUACAGCCAUCGAAGCCAUACAGGAACAGGCCAGCUCCUCAGAUCCCCGGCUUUGAGGACCCACGGGUGUCCAUGCCGAUGCCCGCACCGCUGCCUGUGGUGGCCGCAGAGGUGCCCACAGGUACAGCCCAAGGAGGUGCCGGUGCCGGUGCCAGCGCGAGUGCCAACCCCAACCUGCCGGAGCUCCUGGCGGACGUGCCCUUCACGCUGGCGCCCCACGUGCUGGCCAUGCAGACAGGGCGGCCUUGCCUGCCCGACCUCCUGCUCAACACAAACAACUAUGAGGAGAACCUGGAGAACUUCCGCUACGACUUCAGCCUGGAGAACUCUGUCCUCAGCCAGCCAUGAGGACAGACGAGGACAAGGAACUGUGUAGUAGAAUGGACACCAAAGGUUCCAUUCUAUUUCGGUUAAACAGAUAUGAAUUAUUUUUUUCCCCCAACUGUAGAUUUGCAACCAAAACUCUGGAUUACUUGGUUGGAAAUUGCCAAUCACAAACACACACUCAAUAUCAUGCCCCGCCCAAUGGAACCUUGGUGUCCACUCUAACGUACAGUCAUUGGUGAGGACGUUCAGUCAGCAUUCGGCACGAUGUUAGCCGGAAGUCACCCGGACGCGUUGAACCCAUCUUGAACCGCCUUUCUUGCCUGCUCUAAUGGGCUAUUUGCUACCUCCUCAUUGACACCCAUGUUUAAUUUCCCCAUAGACGUUUAUGGGUCAAUGACAUUUUAGUAGUAGCACACGUCAGGGUGGUAUAAUCACAGCUAAUGCCACUAUUUUAAAGAUUUUUUUCUUUUUAGUGGAUUGUCUAAGAAACAUAUUCAGUAUGCAGUACAUUCACCCAUUCAAUCUUCCAUUGUCACACUUAAUUUUGGAAAAUUGUUGACUGUAGAAUUUCCAAGUCCUUUCGUAUGUCCAUGAGUACGAAAACAUUUGCAAGACAGCUCGUUUUGAUUUGGCUACCCCACAAUGGGUACGUGACGUGAUCAUGAUGAAGUGCGCGAUUUGAUACUUCGCUGUAAUAACACUCAAAUACUGCGUUAUGAUCAAAUGCCAAGAUAAAAUAUCUAAAUCGUGACUUUGUAAGAGUUUGACUCAAUGUCAAUUCUGUUCAUCUCAGAGUUACCAAAAUCACACAGUAGGUGCAAUAGAGUGUCUAGAUUCGAAAUGUAUAAAAGGGUAUUAGCUACGGUUGUAUCACCUGACGUCUCUGACAAAAAAAGUUAAUGACCCAUAUACCGUACAUAGACGCCACGUUAACUUCCGUGGGAGGAGCAUAAGGCCACCGCCGGAGCUUGAUUAUCACCCCCACACCUUCAACAUCAUAAUCGCCUUUUUUACCCGUACAUUUCUACUCUGCCCUCCAAGUCUUUGUGUUUGGGCUUAAGGCCUAAGAUGUGGUUUAAACUGUUAUUCCACAGUCUUCUGCUCCCUGAAUCCCCUGGUCCUGCUACCUAAACCUUCAAAGACCUCAACAUUUAGAACAGCAGUGAAUGGGUCCCAUGUUUUACAUAUCAAUCCUACAGUGCACAUACUGUAUAACAUAUAUCAACAUCUAUGUGGCAUCUAUGUAUCCAGGUCUAUGGCUUAACCUGUCUGUUUACCCGUUUCUUGACUGAUCCGCCUAGUCACUUAUUGGUUAAUGUACCUGAACGUUUACCUGCCUUGUCACAUGAGGUUUAAUGUACCUGACUAGUUUACCUGUAGUGGGUUCUCUUCGCCUGACAA